UCCGGAUCAGGCAGCUUUGUAGGAUUGAUUUAUACGCUUUAAUAUUUAGAACUAAAAACCGCAGAGACUGAAUAACUCUUACUGUUUACUUCCAUCAUUAACGCGUUAAUGGGAUUUUGUACUCGCUGGUGAAGAGGAUAUUGUUAUCAGGCUACAUAUGAAUAAUAAAAACAAAUUGCAUACUGCCGUAAAAUGAAUUCAAGCUUUCAUUACCUCAAAUUAAAGCAUGCCAAACCAAAAUUGGCUUUGGUUUUCCACCACGUGUCCCCUUAACUGUGUUGAAAAAUAAGGCACAUUUGAGUUUCCAAAUUUGAAACUAUGGCAACGCCAUCUGACAGUCCAAUAGAAGAAGUAGUGUUUGAAAUUGAACCGUCCAGGGUACCAAAGCCCAUUCCAGUGGCCCUAGAAGAUUUAUGCAGACUUACGAAGUUUACAAGACAAGAAAUCAGAAUUAUGUACAGGGGGUUUAAGACGGAAUGUCCGGAAGGUGUUGUUCAUGAAGAUAGCUUUAAGGAAAUCUAUUCCAAAUUCUUCCCGCAUGGAAAUGCUACUUUAUACGCCCAUUACGUGUUCAAGGCAUUUGAUGUUAAUUGCAAUGGAGCAAUUAGUUUUAGGGAUUUGUUGAUUACAUUGUCAACGCUUCUUAGGGGUAGUAUUUACGAGAGGCUGCGGUGGACUUUUAAACUGUACGACAUCAAUGGAGAUGGAUGCAUAAGCCGAGGAGAAUUAUCAGAAAUCGUUAUUGCGGUCCAUGAAUUGAUGGGACGGCGGGCUCAUCAAGUUGAAGAAGAUCGUAAAGCACGAGAACAAAUCGACCGUGUCUUCCGAAAGUUAGAUCUGAACCAAGACGGCGUUAUUACUAUUGAAGAAUUCAUGGAAUCUUGCCUUAAAGACGAAGUCAUCACAAGAUCAUUGCAAAUGUUCGACUGUGUUCUGUGAUGUAUAAUAAUUUCAGUGACAAAUUAUGUAACAAUCAAAGAUUAAACUUCCACAAUUAUUGAUGGGUCAAGAGAUUAUUUCAUCGUUAGAGUUGUGUUUUUGAAAAGUUAGGAAUUUGCGUAUAGCAUAUCCUGUAUAUGUAUUUAAUGCAAAUUUACAAACAUACUGUUGGAUACGGUACAGAGACUAUUUUUAUUUUAAAAUAUAAAUAAUAUGUUAUUGUCAAUUAUAUUUUUUUUUAUU